AUGUCGUGGAGCAUGGCGCGUCUGAUUCGGCCCACCCUUCUUCUAGUGCUCUUCUGUGCGCAGAGCUCGCGCGCCUUCAGUCCAUCGUUCCCCUACGGAACGGGUAACAAGGUCCGCGGCGUCAACCUGGGUGGCUGGCUUGUUCUUGAACCCUGGAUUACCCCAAGCCUAUUCGACGACACUGGCAACAGCGCCAUCGUCGACGAAUGGACCUUCUGCCAGUAUCAGUCGAAGUCCGUCGCACAGUCGAAACUGCAGGCUCACUGGAACAGUUGGAUCACCGAGCAGGACUUCUCUGACAUCGCCGCAGCCGGCCUCAAUCAUGUUCGCCUACCCAUCGGCCACUGGGCAUGGGACGUUUCGGGCGGCGAGCCUUACGUUCAGGGACAGCUCACCUAUCUACGAAAGGCGGUAGGUUGGGCUAGCAGUCAUGGCCUCAAGCUCGUCAUCGAUCUCCACGGGGCGCCCGGAUCUCAGAAUGGGCCGGCCGGGUACUACAGCUCCCAGCUUCUCAACGCCGCGCGCCAAUACUGGAAGGACUCGUACGGCAACAUUCGUUAUCCCUACGGCACCAGCCAGCAGAGCAACACGGUCGAGCUCAUCCACGAUGCGUUCCAAGGUCUACCGUACUGGACGAACUUCAUGCCCGCGCCGGCGUACCAAGGCGUUGCGAUUGACACACACAUCUAUCAAGUCUUCUCUGACGCGGAGAACGCGCGAUCGCAGCAGCAGCACAUCGAUAGCGCCUGUGCGAACGGUGCGGAGCUAGCUAGUUUCAACAAGAACCAACUCUGGUCCAUCGUGGGCGAAUGGACGACCGCCAUGACGGAUUGUGCCAAGUAUCUCAACGGGCGCGGCGUAGGGUCGCGCUAUGAUGGCUCCUAUGACGGCGAGUCUGCUGUGGGCUCUUGCAGUGGCAAGACAGGUAGUAUCUCGCAGCUGAGCAGCUCGUACAAGACGUUCUUGCGCAAGAUGUAUGAAGCUCAGACCAGCACGUUCGAGCAGGGCAGCGGCUGGAUCAUGUGGACAUGGAAGGCAGAGAAUGCUGCUGACUGGACCUACCAGGACGGUCUGAAUGGUGGCUGGAUCCCACAUAGCCCUACAGAUCGCGAGUACCCCAGUAUAUGUGGUUGA